CAAAAUCUAUAAGGUUCAAACUUCAAUUCAAAUUAAACCAUGGAUUUCGCUGUGCCAGCCCUUGUAGCAGCUUUGGUUGCCACUUUGCUAUCACUCACCUUUCUCUACAACCUCUUAUUUCACCAGGGAUCAAACCAACAAAAACCACCGGAAGCCGGCGGCGCGUGGCCUAUAAUCGGCCAUCUCCACCUCCUCACUGGCAAUCGCCGGCCCUUCAAAGUCUUGACCGAAAUGGCAGACACAUACGGGCCUAUAUUCCAAUUAAGGCUCGGCGCACAUAAAGUCUUGGUGGUCAGCGACUCACAAAUCGCCAAAGAAUGCUUUACCACCAACGACAGAGCGCUCGCUAGCCGGCCCGAGGCCUUAGCCACGGAGAUCAUGGGAUACAACUACGCCAUGUUUGGGCUGGCUCCGUACGGUCAGUACUGGCGCCAUGUCCGCAAGGUUGUCGUGCUCGAGCUGCUGUCUAACCGCCGUCUCGACGCGCUCAGGCGCGUUUGGGAGUCAGGAGUAAAAUCAUUUACCCAAGACAUCUAUCGAAGCUGGGUGAGGGACAAGAACAAUGAAUCCGAGGAUGUGAUCAAGCUGGAUAUGACGGAGUGGUUUGGGAAACUAAUCAUGGGCGUCAUAAUGCAGAUGCUUUUCGGGCAGCGGUACGAGGAAGAAGGGAGCAGGGCAGCGGUGACAGUGAGGAGAUUCAUUGAUCUGUUAGGGGCGUCUGUUGUGGGUGAUUAUCUGCCAUGGCUAAGAUGGUUGGACAUAGGAGGACAUGAGAAGGCCAUGAAGGAGACAGUCAAAGAGAUGGACAGUUUAAUGGAUGGUUGGAUACAAGAACAUAAAAGGAAAAGAAAUACGAAAUCUAAAGAGGAAGAAGACUUCAUGGACGGAUUGCUUUCCAAUUUUCAUGGUGAUGGGGAUGAUAAAGAUAUUCCAGAAAAUUUUGAGGCUGACACAAUUGUGAAAGCUACUUGCAUGGGGAUGCUAUCAGCGGCCACGGAUACAAUGAUAACAACGUUAACUUGGGCACUCUCUCUAGUAUUGAACAAUUAUAGUGUGUUGAAGAAUAUCCAAGUAGAGCUAGACAUUUAUGUCGGAAAGGAAAGGCGCGUGAAUCAAUUCGAUCUAAACAAGUUGACUUAUCUUCGAGCAGUUGUAAAAGAAACUUUACGUUUAUAUCCUCCUGCUCCUCUCUUACUACCCCAUGAAUCUACUGACGAUUGUGUGGUGAAUGGUUAUAACAUCCGAAAGGGUACACGAAUAUUGGUGAAUGUUUCUAAGAUUCAUCGAGAUCCAGAAAUUUGGUCAGAUCCCAAUACGUUUAGGCCAGAGAGAUUCUUGAUGAAUGAACACAAGGAGAUUGAUGUCAGGGGCAACCAUUUUGAACUUAUUCCAUUCGGCAGCGGAAGGAGAAUAUGUCCAGGGGUUUCUUUAUCGCUACAAGUUGUGGAAUUGAGCUUGGCUAGCCUUAUUCAUGGCUUUGAUUUAAAAAGGAUUUCGGAUGAACUUAUUGACAUGACAGAGAGUGCUGGAAUAGUGAAUGUGAAGGCAACUCCACUCUAUGUUUUCCUUAGUCCAAGCCUGCCUUCACAUCUCUAUAAUUAAGUUGCAAUAAGCUAGUGAUAUACCAAAAUUGCGAGCAUUAAUAAUGUAUUGCCAUGUUGGUGUGUGAUAAAUAUUGUGCUUUUGCUAUAUGAAUAUUGUUGUGGACAUCAAUUCAUUUCAGUUCAUUUCUA